UUGAGGCGUUCCUGCAGUUAAAAAAUCUCAGCAAGCUCAACUGUCGACACUGCGAGACAGCUAUUCAUGGAGUAAGCAGAUCGGUUAAAAAAUGUGGCUCUCUGUAGGAUUCAUCGUUGCAGCUCUGCUCAUCGCGUUAUUCCUCAAAUAUGUGUUUGGUACUUCCGGUCCGAGUCCUUUUGGCGUCGACAUGCGCGAGCCGCUCAAGCCUAUAGAGCUGGAUAAAAAGACGAGGAAUAAAGUGUUAAAGCAAGGCUUUUUGGCUAGCAGAGUCCCUCAGGACCUUGAUGCUAUUGUGAUCGGCAGUGGUAUUGGUGGACUGGGUGUCGCUGUUCUGCUCGCCAAGGUUGGAAAGAAGGUCCUGGUUCUGGAGCAACAUGAUCGUGCUGGAGGAUGCUGUCACACCUUUUCUGAGAAAGGCUUUGAGUUUGAUGUUGGGAUCCACUACAUUGGUGCUUUAGAGGAAAAUGGGCGAUUUCUCUGCUUAGUGGAUCAGCUGACCAAUGGUCAGCUACAGUGGGAACCAUUGGAAAACCCCUAUGAACAUGUGGUCCUGGGUCCACCGGAGAACAGGCGUACCUACCCUAUUUACAGUGGCAAAAAACGUUUUUCCCAGGAGUUGAAAAAGUGCUUCCCUGGGGAGGAGAAGGCCAUCGAUGAGUUCACGAGAUUGAUUAAGAAAUGUGGCCAUAACGUGGGGAUGAUGCUGCUGCUGAAGCUGCUCCCACUUCCGGUGGCCAAGUUCCUGGUUUGGACAGGGAUCGUUAAUCGCCUGUCCUACUUCUUCUACUAUGGAACACGCAGCCUGGCCGACGUGGUGAACAGCCUCACAGAGAACAAAGAUCUCAGGGCUGUGCUCUGCUACAUCUUCGGGACCUACGGAAAUCCCCCCAAAGAAGCCAGUUUCUCCAUGCAUAGUUUGUUGAUGUGCCACUACCUGUCUGGUGCCUGGUACCCUAAAGGAGGUGCCAGUCAGAUCGCCUAUAACAUGAUCCCGAUUAUUGAGAAGGCAGGAGGAGCCGUGCUUGUUAGAGCACCAGUCAAUCGCAUCCUGCUCAAUGCCGCCAGUGAGGCUAUAGGGGUGAGCGUAAUGAAGGGACAAGAAGAGGUCCAUGUACACGCUCCCAUCGUAAUAUCAGAUGCAGGAAUCUUCAACACUUACCAGCAGCUACUGCCUAAAGAGGUGCAGGCUUGGCCAGCGAUUCACAAGCAGCUAAGUAUGCUGAAGCGUGGAGAAGCUGGCCUCAGCAUCUUUUUAGGUCUGAAUGGGACCAAAGAAGAGCUGGGACUGAAAGCCUGCAACUACUGGUUGUACCCUGAAAAUAAUCUUGACGAGCUGUUUAACAAUUACUUUACAGGAGAGAGGGAAGAGUCAGUGAAAAGCAUACCUCUGAUUUAUGUUGCCUCACCAUCUGCCAAAGAUCCCACCUGGGAGCAUAGAAGCCCAGGUAAGUCCACUCUGACUGUGGUCAGCUUUGCCCCAUACUCAUGGUUUGAGGAGUGGAAAGAUGACAAAGUCAAGAACAGAGGGACAGAUUAUAAAGAACUUAAGGCGACCAUCAUUAACUCUGUUUUGAAAAUAGUAACUCAGAAAUUCCCCAAGAUCAAGGACAAGAUAGAGUUCAUGGACGCCGGCACUCCCAUCACUAAUCAGCACUAUUUAGCAGCUGCUAAAGGAGAGAUCUAUGGAACUGACCAUGGCACUUGGCGCUUUACUCCAGAUGUUUGUGUCAACAUCAGACCACAAACACCAGUCAAAAACCUCUUCCUUACAGGUCAAGAUGUGUUUUUGUGUGGUUUUGCCGGUGCCAUCGCAGGAGCUAUGGUCUGCGGCUCUGCCCUUCUCAACCGCAACCUUUACAUAGAUGUUGAAGCACUUAGAAAGAAACUUGAAAAUGACAACACAAAGAAAGUCCAGUAAAGAUUAGGACUUGUGCUCAUCCCGAGCUGAUUCCAGUACCAGCACGAAGACACAUUACAAACUACUUAAACAAGAAAAUGCAUGGAACAAAAUCCUCUUUGAAAAAAUCCUGUUUUCAAUAAUAUGUAACUAUACUCAUUCAUUUAUAUGGAAUUUAGAUUGUGAAAAGAUAAAGGAAAGCUUGUUUCAGUACUGUAGAUCUUUAACAUGCUGUGGAUGUUUGUAUUAAGAUUGACAUGGCACUUUUCAAAAUUAUAUUGUUUUUUUCUAUUUUUUUUUCAAUAAAGUAUUGUCCACAUCUA